AUGGAAUUCGAUAACUCUCUUCCCGCGAUUGAGGUCCCGGUGCCGAAGUGGUUCCUCUCCUGGAAAGAGAUCUAUGAAAUGUCUCCGUCGCGCCGCCAUAUGAGCUACGAGCAGGAGCUGCACAAUCGCCAGAGUGCCGGCCAAUUCAUGCAUCUGCUCACCGAGCGUCUGAAUCAAGGAUUCACUGAGAAGUGGCGGAAGGUUUCAAUGCUAUGCGCUUGCGCCGCGCUGAUGCACGUGAAUCGUGUCUUUACGCUUCACUCGUUCCAGGACCUAGACUACAGGGACGUUUGUGCCGGCGCAAUGCUAAUGACCGCUAAAGCCGAGGAUUGCCAGAGGUCACUUCGCCAAGUCGUCAAAGCCUGGUGGUCGCUUCGUUUCCCGACCAAGCCGCAAAUCCCUGACGAGUAUUAUGACGACGCUGCACACCGUAUUGAGUUCUUUGAGAGUGUGGUGUUGCAGUCCCUUGCCUUCGACAUCAACGUCGAACUGCCACAGCCUAUUGCUGUCCAGAAAAUUCAAAACCUCGGCAUGAGCUCCGCCCUGACCGAGGCGGCUUACUUAUAUGUGGCUGAUAUGCUAACCUACACGGACUGGAUGAUCCGCUACGACCAGCGAAAGCUUGCCGCUAUGGCCGUUUUCCACGUUUGCCUAUGGUCAGGAAAAGAGCUAUCGGCUGAACUUGUUGCCAAGGAGCUUCACCCGACGCUCCAGGUCAAGUGGCUUAAAGACCGAGCCAUCGAAUUCUGCACCCACCACAAACGCGCCCCCAAGCCAGCCAUCUUAAAAAUACAGAAAUUGAUCGACAAUGGCCUCUUGAAGUAUAUCAGCAGAAGUGCGGAGCGCAAGAGUUUACCACUGUCGAGCCCAGCCGCAUCGUCUACCCCGGUUCCUAGCGCUUCACUCAGCCCGAAAGCUGAGGAGAACCCCAAGGAGCAGGUGGUUGCUCAGAAACGCGCUGCACCCGAGGCUGAAAUUCGGGAAGAGCCGUCGAUCAAGAGAACGUGCUCAGCCCGGGUCACGGAAGAUACUCCCGAGGUCUCGACUGAAGCAAUGCUUGGCGCUAUGAUUGAAGCUUCCGUCCUGCCGGAAAUGAUGUCCCCACCGCAGAUGAUCAAGGAGAUGGAGCCGGUCGCUUCAACAUACAAGCGUGAGCCGACGCCAGUUGAAGCUCACAAAGUUCGGGAAGCGCAGCCCACGGAAAAACCCGAAAAACCCGAAGGAAAGAAACCGCAACCCCAAAAAGCCGGACACGUCGCCAAGGAGGCCCGCAGGGGAUCCGGCGCCUGGUGCGCAGACUCGAGCCGACUCGGAAGCCCUGAAGACCGUCAGAUGGCGCUCAAGAAAAUGUACGAGAUGGAGCGGCAGAAAGAUGCGCAAUGGGCCAAGGAGAAGCGGAUGGAGGGGUUGAGGCGGAUGGCGGAACAGAGAAUGAUCAAAGAGAGGAAGGAAGAGAAGAAUAAGCUGAAGUUCAGGGCAAAGGAGGCCGAGCCUAAAAAGCGAAAAGCCUCGGAGCAUGUUGCCGUUUCUAAGCAAAUUGUUCCGGAAGUUGCUCCCGCUCCUGCUCGUCAAGAAGCUCCCAAGCCGAAGAAGCUGAACUUUGAGGAGUACAAGCGUCGCCUCUCCGAAAAAGCAAAGCCCCAUCAAACGCCCGAAGCUGAACAGACCAAGGAACCGCGCACCAACUUCAUGAAGCCCGCCGCCCAGGAGGAGGACGAGAUUUCGCUUAAAGACAUCAAGUUCUCCGUGGCUCCGAAGGCUCCUAAACUGCCGAGGGUCGAAGCGCCAAACCUGAACGCCAAGAAAAUUGAGGAGGCCACGCGCCGCUUCCGGGAGCAAGCUGUGCACAUCCAAGCUGUUCGCACCACAAAAAUCGCCACCAUCGAGCACCAACCCGCCCCGGCAGCCUGGCGAAUCCCGAAGAAAUCGAGGCAAUCGAUUGACAGCGCAAUUGAAGUGUCGCCAGCUUCGUCGACGGAAAACUUUGCCCACAGCAGCACCAGCGACAGCGUGCAGGGCAGCCCGCCCGAGCAACGCCGAUCGCUGCCUUCACUUUUGAGCAUGGAGAUUGCUGCUCCUGAGAACUAUAAGGCAGGCCACUACCUCGAGCCACUGGCCGGCUACUGUGACUUUGACGAGAUGGAGGAGGGCGAAAUCUUG